AUGGCGAAGAAACGGAAGCAGGAGAUGCAGCCCGAAGAGGACAGCGGGCUGUACCACGCCUUCGUGGGCGCCGCCAACGCCGUGAGCCACCUCUUCACGCAGGCGCAGAAGGAGCAGCGCGCGGCGGCAUCCGCGGCGGCCAGGGCCUCACUGGAGAGGACGGCGGCGUGGCUGGACGGGCAGGCGGGCGCGCCGGAGGGCGCCGUGCCCAAGUGGGCGCUGCGCCAGUUCCUGAACGAGGAGCACCUGAAAGCGGGAGGCACGGGGCUGUACUGUCGGCAGCAGCGAGCGGGGAUCGACUCCUCCCAGGAAGGUGAGACACGGGAUGGGUAG